AUGAAAAAGGAGAAAACACCUCAGGAAAAUGCUAGCAUUCUACAUGAAGUCCAUGAUCAUGGAGCCCAGCCAAAGGAAUAUCAAAGUGAAGAAAAACUUUUACACAAGUCAAAUCUGCGUGAACAGUCCCCAGUUCACAUUUCUUCAGGAUUCCUGUCAGAGUCAGCAUAUCGUGAGAUAUCCCUUAAAUGUGCUGCUACAAUAAGCACCUCUCCAAGUACAGGACUGACUGUUUCUAAUGUACCAAAAUCUUCUAGAUCAUCUUCAACGAAUUUUUUCAAAACUGACAACACAAGUAGUAGCAGCACCUCUGUCCCUGUGCUCCCGAAACCACAUUUUGCAGUACUUACACCACAGUCCAGUGUCUUAGGAGAAGGGGAGGAUUACUUUAAUUCUUUGUUCUUCGACUCAAAGAGACGCUUCACACAUUCUGAAUUCCUUGAUAGAAAUAAAAUUUUGCCUCCAGAUGAAGACCACACAUCUAGAUCCAGAGUGGAGUAUAAUGAUAGUGAAUGUUCUCUUUCAAGGAAAGAAAAGCAGGCAUUUGGUUGUGCUCUUGGAGACCUUAAGAUAGUUGAAGUGAGUGCCAAUGGUUUGUUUGUGAAGCUAUUUAACUGUUCUAACAACGAACUGGCAAUUGGAGACCAUAUUCUCCAACAAAAUGUGAAUGGCCAUGCAGUCUCUUUGUACAAAUUCCACCCAAACAUUAGAAUGGCAGCCAAUACUACAGUAACUGUUUGGGCAGGAACUUCUGAGAUGAAACAGAAGCCUCCAUCAGAUUUUGUUUGGAAGGAACAAGACAAGUUUAAAACAAGUCCCAACUGUACAACCAUCCUGUGUAACCCUGAUGGUCAAGCUAUUGCUUGGUAUACCCCUAUCCACUGGAAGCAAGCAUGGGAAGGAAUUGACACUGAGAAAAAACAUGAUAGAAGCCCAGUAAUAAUCACAUCACCUAAAGUACAAAUGAUCCAGGAAUCAGAAUCUGCACUAUCCAAAGGAAAAACAGAUCAGCCAAGCCCAUCAAUUCUGGAAGAACAUGUUCGAGUUUUUCUUAAGAGAGAAAAAGAACUCCCACCAUCUCUUUUCCCCAAUCGCAGCCCAUGGUGCCAUAGCCCCGACCACCCUAUACAUCCCAACUAUUCAGCACAACGACCAGCUACUAUAGGCAAUGAUGGGAGCACCAUGGGCAGGCAGACGAGGUCACAAUCAGCUAGACCUGAUCCAAUACUAGUCCCCUAUUCCUUGUCCACUGGAACCCGAAGAAACAAAACUAUGAACACAGUCCACCAGAAUCACAAAAGUGGCAGAAGAUCAGUUCCAUCUUCAGGGGUGAACCUCUGUAAAUCACACUAUAUUUGGUGA